AUGAAUGCAGGUUACAGAAGAGAUUUAGUAUUAUUGAGCAAUAAAAUCCAGUAUGUUAGACGUGAGAGGCAUUCUUCUUUCAUGCUCUCCCAUUAUACAAUAUGUUCAAUAUGCUGCCAGAAUUCGAGAGAAAGUAUGUUUCACAGUAGCAUGGUGAAAGGAUAUCUAUCUUUAUACUUACUUGUACAUAUUUUACUAUGUGCUUCCAGUAUGACCAUCCUUACAAUAUAUAACUAUGUUUCUUUUUGUUUUACAGCAAGCACUGUGAUUAUAUCAUGCAUCGAUGCUUGUUCAUUAAAUAAUGUCACCUUUCCAGUCUGUGCUUUUAACAAUUUUUCUGAAAGCUUCCUGCAACAAGGAAGUAAAAAACAGACUGUUUUUUUGAAGAUCUUUAUAAAUUACUCUGAUUUUCAAAAUAUUCCAAGUAUUUGCCAAGUCUCCGAGACUGAACUGCAGCCAUGUAUUUUAAACUCAACCUGUGAAUCUGAGGAUGAUAUGAAUGUUGUUCACCAGGGAUCAAGAUCAGAAGUUCCAGAAGUGAGAGGAUCAUUAGAUAUGAAAGCAAAAAAAUUUAUUUCUUUCCAUAAACAUUUCAAUUUCACUAUGGGUUAUGUGAAUGAAGAAAGCGAGGAAUACAACACUUACUAUAUAGUGGAAGUCCUCAGAAAUUCUACAACCAGAAAAGGAAACACUACAGAAGAAAACAUAAAUCACUCAUGUAUAGCAGCAAUGAUGGAAGACCAAAAUGGCUGUAUAAAUAUUUCACUGCAACUACAGCCUUAUGUGGAAAAUCCAAUGUGUAUGCCGAAGAUUAUUUGGCUUGUUCUGAUUCCAUUUGUUUUUGUGCUUACCAUCAUUACUGUUACCUACAAAGUAUUCCAAGAAAAUAAAAAACACAUCCAUAGCAAAUAUAGAGCAACGGCAGCUUCUGUUAUCCAACAAAAAGACAGCAAAAGCUCAAAAGAAUCUACAUCUACUAAUAUUAUUCAGCUCCUUUCAGAACCCAACCAACGAAGACCCACAGCUAUCACACAAACAGCAGAGAUAUUGCCUGCAAUUCCUGAACAUGAGCAUUCUCAGCAGGCAUAGGAGGCCUUCCAAUAUGAAACAUAAUCGAUACACCAUGAAAGAAGCCAUCUUCAUUUCCAAUCCAUCCUUCCUGGCUACCUUAGCC